AUGUGGAAUGGUGAUCUUCUUAAAUAUGGUGCUAUACUUGAUGCAUUAAAAAGAAUAGAUUCAUUGGAAAACUUUUUCUCUCAAAUAGCUGUAACUUUUUUCAAAGAACGUCGUUCAAUAGCAUAUAUUGAUCCAUUUACCUUAUGUUUAAUUCAAAUACUUUUACAUAAUAUUCCAUGUGUGAAUUGUUCACUAUUUAUUGAAAAAUUCAUUGAAAUUAUUUAUAUACCUGGUUUCUGUUUUGAAACAAAUCAUGAUCCACUCAAUUGUCCAUCAAUAAUGAAUAUAAAAAAACUUUUAGCUUUAUCAUUUCAUUAUGGAUAUUUAACAAGAGAAAGUAUAAAUGAUAUUCGAACAAAGCAUUUUUCGAAGAUAUUAACAACACCGAUUCAAAAUUCGUUAACAUCGCAAGCAACCCUACAAAAAUUAUUUGAUACAUUAAUAAUAAAAUAUCAACAAAAUCCUGUAUCAUUAGCAUUUCUUUCAACUAGAAAAAUUCGUCAAUCAAUGAUCAAAGUUAAUCAAAAAAAUAUCGAACAAUUACAUCUCAAUACACAUUUGAAAAAUACGCUUUUAACAUCAAAAUAA